GCUAUAGAGGGAGGAGUCUUUCGCUGCCGGCCUUAGGCCCUGGCCUUGGAUGAGGGAGGCCGCCCGACGCCGAGAGCCCUCUGUCCCCAUGGGGGGUGCCUGAGUGCGGUUUCCCUUCCCCUUUCUACGGGUUGGCGGCGACUGCAGGCCUUGCGUUUUACAGGUGCGCUGAAUCAGCAGGUCUAGACUUGCUAACUUGUCAAGGAAGCUGCACAAGAGAUGGAAAGAGACCUCUGAAAAUCAGGAGCUCUGGAUUCCAUUAAGUUUUGUCUGUCCAGAAGUUGUGAAUGCUUCAGCGCUUUCGGCUUUGGAGCCCAGCAGAAAUGACGGAAUACAAGCUGGUAGUGGUGGGUGCUGGUGGCGUUGGAAAGAGUGCAUUAACCAUACAGUUAAUCCAGAAUCAUUUUGUGGAUGAAUAUGAUCCCACUAUAGAGGAUUCCUACCGGAAGCAGGUGGUUAUCGAUGGGGAGACAUGUCUUUUAGAUAUCCUGGACACAGCUGGGCAAGAGGAGUACAGUGCCAUGCGUGAUCAGUACAUGAGGACAGGAGAAGGCUUCCUGUGUGUCUUUGCUAUCAACAAUACAAAGUCUUUUGAAGAUGUUCACCAUUAUAGGGAACAGAUCAAUCGUGUGAAGGACUCUGAUGAUGUUCCCAUGGUCCUCGUGGGCAAUAAGUGUGACCUGCCUUCUCGGACAGUGGAUACUAAACAAGCUCAGGAGCUUGCAAGAAGCUAUGGAAUCCCCUUUGUAGAGACUUCAGCCAAAACCAGACAGGGAGUGGAAGAUGCCUUCUAUACUCUGGUGCGGGAAAUUCGAAAGCACAAAGAAAAGAUCAGCAAUGGACGCAAGAAGAAAUCUUCUAAAAGAAAGUGUAUUAUCCUCUAAAAGAGAGACAUUGUUGCACUGUUGGUUAGUGUGGAAAAAAACCUUUGAGUUUGGGUAUUUUCCCAGCCUGCAAGAUAAAUUCUGAUGGCCUUGUCCCCUCAUCCUUUUCAGCUGGAAGGCAAAGGUGGUGGUGUUCUUUAAAUGUCUUUUUUUUUUUGCUAUUUUUAAAACUUGGACAUCACAACCAAUAUUAAUAACCACAUUUGAUAGUCUUGUUGCUUCUCUGCAGUAAAAAAAAUAAAUCCUUAGGAUAAUAAGGAUUGCUCCAUAAAAGCAUCUGGUGUAACGUUGAUUCCAGAAACUAAAUUGAAGGAGCAGCAAGAAGGCAGUGUUUCAUUCAGAGUAUUACCUAGUGGGCUUUCUCAUUGUUUGUGGAAUUUUAUUUACUUUGGUUCUUUGCAAUAUUGAAGAAAAAGUCAAAUAGAUGUGAUGUCAUCUUUUUUGUUACCUGGGUAACAGGUAAGACAGCUUGAAGAUGACAAGAAAUAUCAACUACGAAAAUGCGGAAAGCCAAACCCAUUGUAGCUGUUUCAGGCCUCCGUAUUAAAAUAGAUGGUGCUCAGCUUUUCUGGAUGGUUAAAUUCAAUAUUUACCUUUUUGUCUCUUCUUAAUUUUCAUUUGACUUGUUUUGUGUAAUUUCCUUGAAAUAUUUCCUGUGCUCUCUAAACUAAACCAGAAAUGAUGAUACAUCAACAAUGUGAAAGAGAAAUAGGACUAUUUGGAUAAGAAAUUUUCCAAAUGUAAUGACAUGAUUGUUAUUUGAAGAUUGACACUGAAGAUGGUUGAAUGAUGGCACUGUGAAACAUUCUAAAUAUAAUCUUAUCACUGUUGUUCCCCUUAAUAGAUAUUCAUGUUUCGGGGAAUAUGGUAAUGUUUACACAUCUUAGAAAAAAGAAAAGAGGAAUAUGAUCAAAAGAUUCUUAUCCACUUUUUCCCUUUUAAUCAUCUGAAUAUUUUCUCUAAUCCCUGGAAGUAUAAAUACUUAAAGAUUGGCAGUGAGAAAACAGAAGAAAUAUGAAUUAUCGUUCUGUUAGUGUUUAAAGAUAUCAGUUAUUGUCCUUGUGUAUAUUUAACUUUUUCUUUUUCCUCCUCCAAUUCAAAAACAUUUGUUACCUAUGUUCCUAAGGAACUGUACAAUAAAUACAUGCCACCACUUGGAAUAAACCUGUGAAUAAGCUA